AGCACGGCUCGUCUCGCCUGGGCUCGGCUCGGCAUGGGUAGCCCGCGGCGCUUGCUGCUGAUCUCCAACUCCACCCUGCACGGAGGGGGGUACCUGGGCCACUGCCAGCAGCACAUCCAGAGCUUCCUCGGGCAGAAGGUGAAGCGGGUGCUGUUCAUCCCCUACGCCCUGCACGACCGGGACGCCUACGCCCGCACGGCCAGGGAGAAGUUUGAAAGCCUGGGUUAUGGGCUGGACAGCAUUCAUGAAUCUUGUGAUCCAGUGGAAGCUGUAAGGAAAUCUGAAGCAAUAUUUAUUGGAGGUGGCAACACAUUCCGUCUCCUGAAAGCUCUUUAUGACAACUGUCUGAUACAUGAGAUCAGGAAGAGAGUUCUUGAGGAUGGGAUUCCUUACAUGGGAUCCAGCGCAGGAACCAACGUUGCUACUGUCAGCAUCAAUACCACCAAUGACAUGCCAAUUGUUUAUCCACCUUCCCUGCAGGCUCUAGGAUUAGUUCCUUUUAAUAUUAACCCCCACUACCUGGACCCAGACAUUAAAAGAACUCACAUGGGUGAGACAAGAGAGGAAAGAAUCCUCCAGUACCAUGAAGAACCAAACACCCCUCCAGUUCUGGGCUUGCGGGAAGGUACCAUGCUGUUAGUGGAAGGAGAUAAAGCCACGCUGCAGGGAGUGACAGGAGCACGUCUGUUUUUGAGGGGUAAGAAACCAACUGAACAUGAGCCUGGAACAGAUUUCAGUUUCCUCCUGACUGACAGCAAGCUCCUGAAUCCAUAGCCUUCCACAUUCUGCAGCAAAAGUUACUAUAUAGGGAAGACAAUGAGGGAAAAGGAAAGAGAUGCUUGUCCCAGAGUGGGUGAGGUACUUCAGCUUUAUAAAUAAAGAUCAAUAUGCAUUA